AAUGAGCCCUAUGUAUGUGUCAUUUAUUUGAAAUAUGAACAUUAAAGCGUUGUAGGCUAAUGGUUCAUUUUGCAUACAAAUGCACAUUGUAUUCAGGGAAUAAAUUUGUGUAGUUAAUGGUCUCGUGGAUCUGAGCUCUGUUUCAUUAGCACCUUUUUGAGACAUCAUGCGGCGUAACUGGAGUAUAAUAUGGAAAUUGCACGGGACCAGGCUGAAUCUUCCAGCCACCCCUUGGUUACUUCUACAUAAAUAGGAAAGUUAAAGAGUCAGGCAUGAGGAAGUGCAGCCCCUGGACAUUUCUUCCCAUCAUUUUCUCCCUCUUCACAGCAGCCGGACUGUGGGUUGUGUACUUUAUAGCUGUUGAGGAUGAGAAAAUAACCCCACUCAACUCCGAAUAUAGGCGAUCUGGACCAAAAUCCCCUCCAUAUAUAAGCAUUGCAGGCAAUGCCCCGCCAGCCAGCUGUGUAUUCAGUCAAGUCAUGAACAUGGCGGCUUUUGUAGGGUUCAUCAUUGGCGUCCUCAGAUACCUGCAGCUGAAGCCCAGAGUGCGCAAGCCCUGGCUCAACAUUGGCAGCCUGGUGGCAUUGUCUCUGGCCUGCUUUGGCAUGACCUUGGUGGGCAACUUCCAGCUUUCAAAUGAUGAGGAGCUCCAUAACAUCGGCACAUCGAUGACCUUCGGCCUGGGCACCCUGUUCUGCUGGGUCCAGUCUGUCAUAACGCUGAAGGUCAACCUGAGGAACGAGGGGAGAAGGGCUGGGAUUCCGCGCUUCCUGUUAUCUGGGGCAGUCACUUCCUGCAUGCUGCUGUACUUCGCCCUUAUGGCGCAGCGCCUGCACAUGCACGCCGCCCGGGCGCAGUGGGCGCUCGUCAUGUUCUUCCUGGGCUUCCUGAGCACCUUCGCGAUCGAGUUCCGCCACUACCGCUUCGAGAUCGUCUGCAGCGACGACCAGGACCCCCCGCUCAGCCUGUCCGAGACCUUCUCCGAGGUCUCGGAGUACCAGUCCGACCAGCUGUAGGACCCUCCUGAGCUUCUGGGUCACCCUGUGAGAGAGUACUGUGAAAAACGCUGUCUGGUUCCCAUAGGCCCCUGCACACGGAGCCAUCACAAAUGCAUGUCCGCUUGUGGAAUGUAAUAUCUCUGGAACAUUCUUCCGUUGAGUAGCAAUUUCAGUGAUUUAGAGGCAGUCUUUUAAAAACAACAAACUCCUCAAGAGCACAGAGGCAAAGGUCAGCUAUGUAGAUGAAGUACAUUUACCAUGCACGUAUGUUUACCCUUGGCCCCAAUGGUUUUGCAUUUGGUUUGGUGUGUCUGUGUCUAUAAUGUUUUACCACAAGUGGUUGAGAUUGAAUCAAAGUGGCAAGGAUCUGCAAUCUUUGUACUUGUUUUUACUGAAAAAGGAUAUGAAUGAAUGAAGUAUUUUGAAUAUUGUGUAUUAAUAGUUCAAUGUCUUAAUCAAUCUGGGGGAAAAAAUCAUAAGUGUCACUGACACAAUGAGAGCAAGCAUUUCUUAAGUGUUAUCUUGACAGUACAGUUUAUAACAUUGACAAAAUAUUACAUCUGAAAAUGUUUACAACAGAGUACUCUCAUGGACUGACUAUUCCAUGGAAUUAGCCAGUUGCUUGCUGUUCUCCAUUAUGGCCCAUUAUAAGCUAUUUAUUCUCUGUACUGUGCAACCGUUACUGUGGUCUCAAUACUAUAGAUACCAAAAUAUCCAUAUAAGGGAGGGCUACAUUAUUUAAUAGCAUUAUUUGAAUAACUUAGUACUUUUGUAUUUUGUUAGGUUGCAUCUUGUGUCUACCUACCUCUGCUACAGAUUUAGGAUAUUCAAAAUAGCCUCCAAAGGUGGGAUUCACAAGAAACAGGAACUUGUCUGAUUGGUGCUGCCUUCUGCAAAUGUCAUAGUUAUAC